AUGGCCGAGCUUCUAAAGAACAGAGAAGUAAUGAGGAAAGUUCGCGAAGAGUUGAAUAGAGAGAUUGGGGAGAACCCCAUCACAGAAGCGAAUGCUUCCCAGCUGACAUUUCUCAACGCCUCCAUAAAAGAGACAUUCAGGUUACACCCACCAGCCCCAUUCCUCAUUCCACACCGUGCUCUCGAAACCUGCGAAGUGAUGAAUUACAGAAUACCAAAGGAUUCCCAGGUGAUUGUUAAUGUGUGGGCGAUUGGGCGAGACCCGUCCGUUUGGGAGGACCCGUUAUCUUUCAGGCCUGAGAGGUUCAUUGAUGGCUCCAUCACGGCGGACUUCAAAGGUUUCAACUUUGAGCUACUGCCGUUCGGCUCCGGUCGGAGGGUGUGCCCGGGACUUCCCAUGGCAGCUAAACAAGUGCCGUUGAUUCUGUUGGGAUGA